AUGGGAAAAAUACCCAUUGUUGGUUUGAUCCUUGGAUACCAUCAGAACCAGGAUGGUUUAACAUCUGCAGGUAGACUAACAACCACUGAUGAGAAGAAGGCAAAACUAUACGAACUCUUGCAGGGGUGGAAACAUGCUGUGAAAGCUAAUAUCAGGCUCAAAGAAGUCUUCUUCUUUGUAUUCUUCAAAGGGAAGAGAGAGAUGGCAGGGGAAAACAACGGUGAGUUCUAUCUACGGUACUACGUAGGGCACAAAGGAAAGUUUGGACAUGAGUUCUUGGAGUUCGAGUUUCGCCCUGAUGGGAAACUUCAAUAUGCCAACAACUCUAACUACAAGAACGACACUAUGAUUCGGAAGGAAGUUUUCCUCACCCCAGCUGUUCUUAAGGAACGUCGCAAAAUCAUUGCUGAAAGCGAGAUAAUGAAGGAAGAUGAUAACAAUUAG